AUGGCCUCUGUGAAGCGCAAGAGGACGAGUAACAUAGAGCAGAGUGACCCUGACCACGACAAGACCAUUGACGAACGACCGCCGGGGGGAAUACCGAAGGAAAACUUGAUCGAAGGCUCUGAUCCGGACACGGAACAACGAGCAGGAUAUUCGGACGGAGGGCCCCGUAAACCCCAGAGGAAGAAGGAGAGAGCAGAGAUCGGCCUGGGACGAGCGACUCCAGCCACGGCGACGCGAGAUAGCGCAGCGAGCACCACCACCGCCAGAGGCGUUCACAAAAUCUUUGGAACGAGAUCUGGGCCUUUCAAAAAGAAACCCAAACAGCGACAGCCACGUGCAGACGCGAGCUCGAGUUCGACGACUCACUCAUCGGUAUCGUCAAUACCUCCAGCACUCAAUAAUCCCAAGCAAGACCUUCCGCGUAGAUCUACCCGCUUUAACCGUUCAUCGUCGUGCAUCUCCUCCCUGCCGCGAGGUCCUUCGCCCCAAGUCCAGGUCCCACCGCACAGUCCCUCGAGCCUUAAGAACGCUGUGUACAUUUCACAGGUUGACUCAACGCCAGAUUCGUCGGCUCAGAGCGCAGCCCAAAGAUCGUGUCUAUCACAAUCACCCACCUCCUCAAGCGUUUCGGACAGGAUCGAGGUCCCUGAAUCAGAAUCGGAGCCGGCCGACGAGGUCAACAACCUAUCGGCAAGCUAUCAUCCUGCAACACAAACCACGUCCCCGUCCGCGUCGAGCCAGAGUAAAGGAUCAGAAUCUUCUACGCACGAUGUAAGUGUACAUGAUCUGACAAUUACUUCUCGUCCGCUAACGAAAACUCAGUCUACGGCUACUUCUGCUUCACUCGAAGAUUCGCCUCCCUCGCCGUCGUUGUCCAUCCCAGAGACUGAACCCGAUUUCGAAUCUACGCCUGCUCAAGAAGAGGAAAUUGAGGAGCUCGAAGAGAGGACCUUCGAAGACGGAUCGGUUGUGCAGAUUCAGGAAGAAAGCCGUCGAGAGAUACCCGACACCUUGGAGGCUAGUGGUACGUUAUCUACGAUUGAAGAGCCCUCAGAGCAUAAGGUCCAUCGAUCUGCCCAAGAAGAACUUGCAGACGCGAACCAGAGCAUCGCAGAAAAUUCGCUCGUGCGAGAAAUUGAGCCUUCCACUCAGGAAGAGCUACGGGACGCGCCUCAGAGCACCGCUGAAGGUCAUCCCGUGCAACAGUUUGAGCACUCCACGCAAGCGGAACUACUAGACGCGCCACAUAGCUUCCCGCAAAACGUCGAGCCUGUUGUUCAAGAAGAGACGGACGACGCUCACCGAAACCCCGCCCAAAAGCUCACGACAGAAGCCCCGCAUAUCACUACACCGCGCGAGCUUCAAUCCGCCGCUGAGAGCAGUCUCGAGGGGUCUCUGGCCUGCGAAAUCCCAUCGACAACUCAGGACCAGUCCCAAAACACACCACGGAUCACGCCUUCGCAACUGUGUGGGCAGCAACAGUCUCAAACUGAGAGCGAGGAGCGGACAACGAUCCUCGACUCGAGUAUUCUCACUUCGCCGCCGAAUCAGGCGCAAGAACGACAGUCACAGUCCGAGGAACUUACGGAAAUCCAGCUAGACGCGCAGCCAUCAGUCUCAUCUGUAGAUAAACACACUCCUCGACUAUCAUCCAUUUCGCAAGUCGAUAUUUCGCCAGAGCCCGUUUCCUUCGUACUUCCAUCCUCCAGGCUUGGUCCCGACACUAGCCGCCAAGAGUUCGCCAAGACCACUUGCGCCAACGGCGAUCCUGAGCUUCGCGCGCUUUCUUCUCAACCUUCCUCGUCUCAGACACGACAAUUGUUAUCUUACGAUCCUGCCUUCAACAGUGUGCAAUAUAGCGGCACAUUGAGUCGUCGUCCGCGCCACGAUUCUUCUCAAGAGUCUUCAAAGUCUGGCGAGGACUCGUCUUCGGUCCCUCAACCACCACAGCAGUCACCGGGGAGUUUGGAAAUAACUAGUGACGCUCCCCCAAGGCCUGGAACGCCUUCGAAUACAUCUCUCUCGGGCGCCAUGGACCUGAAUGAAGGCACUCCUCCACUCCCGCGGUCAAUGCCGCAGGCAACUCCAGAAGCUUCCUCGGCUCCAGGAAACCUUCUCCUGAACGAGUCCUCAACUGGCGGCAGUAACAUGAGGGAAUUCCCGGUGCCGGACAAAUCGCCUGAGCCAGAAAAUUUGACCGACUUAUUAGCGAAGAACUUAGCGAAGAAUAAAGCCGAAUCUGACGCCAAACAAAAGCAAAAAAAGGAGAAACGUGAGAAGGACCGCGCUCUCAAAGCAGAGAAAGCAGAGCGGGAAAAGGAGUCGCGGGAGAAGAGGGCCCGUACGCAACCAGAAACCUGGGAAAGGAUGCGCGGACCUGAUCGACUAGCGGCGCCUGAGACUGGCACACGGUCGCCUUCCACAAUCCCUGACCGUCUCCCCGUUCCCAAAGAACCGACUUCCCUAAGAAUUGUGGCUACUUCAGUACCCGUGCCUGUUCCAGCAGCGGCUGAAAGUCAUCAGGAUAUUGCAGCCAAGCCCCAGCCCGAGUUCGAGGCUGAAGCAUCUUCGUCUGUCCCAGAGGAUAUUGAUAUGGGGGAGGCUCAAUACAGCGAUAACGAAGAAGAUGAAAGCUUUUUGAUCGACAAUCUCGAAUUACAAGACGAGGAAUAUAUCGUUACACUUCCUAUUCAGGGCCGACAAGCAGACGACUAUCGGAUUGUGAGCACAGAGCUUGAGGAUCUUCAUGCUCAACUUAGCCAGAAUCUUCCAGCAGCUCAUUUGCAAGUUGAAGACGUCUUGAAGAAGCUGCGCCUUGUCGAAACGCACAUUGAUCUUGUGCGGGUGAGGAACCAGACUCCGCAGCCAGACGACAACCAAUUAACACUAGACAAGCACCUAGUGCAGUGGAGUCGUGGCAAUUCCAUAAAGUUCAAAUUUCUGGAAGCGCUCCUGUCUACAAUGCAAGCACGGGAUUUGCACGUCAUCCUGUUGAUCGACGAUCAGAACAAUGCCCAGCUCUUCAGUAUCUUGGAAUCGUUCCUACGAGGGAUCAACCUCAGCUUCGAAUCUCCAAGUACUGGACACUCGCAUCAAGCGGGGUAUGAGCCAAACAAACAGAAGUUGUUAAAGAUCACGAUCCUCGCAAGCACUGCCUCUCGUGUUCUACGGGAGACACACCUAAUUGUGUGCCUCGAUGGCAAGCCGGACGUAACAAGCAUUCGCAAGAAGCCGUGGGCCCUGAAACCUGAUCGUUCAGGCGUCCCGCUCCUUCAACUAGUCAUACCCAGGACUAUAGGUCACAUCGAUCGGUAUUUGUCUGCGAAACUCGACGCGAAGCGGAGGUUGGAUACUAUCAUAUCAACGUUAUCACAGUUCGUGACCCGGGGUACUCUUGGCCAUGCUGUCGAUGAUCCUCCAUCCAAGUCAUACGAAGUCGGAUAUGCACGUGAGAUCGUGAAAUUUCUCCUCCCUUCCCAGGAUGAAUCAGCGUUGUCUGAGUGGCCACUCCCUCCUCUUGGUAAUAUCAAGGAUGACAUCGAGUACCAGUCCCAUCCAUCCCUGGACGCACUCAAUCCAGCGUCUCCUCUUCCUGGGUCGAUUGCCGCUGGCAAACGACCCUUGAUGCAAGAUGAUGACCGGGAUGAUCCUGCGAAGAGAAUGCGGUUCACGCCUCAACCACAGCCGCAUGCGAGUACCAGUCAUGUCAGCGACUCUGAACCUGGAGCCACACUUUCCGGUGAGCAGCUGGUUGAGUAUUUGAGACAAGAGAUUAGACGCCUGCAAGGAGCGUUGAAGGGCUAUGUCGACCGACAAGGAAGAUACGAGGAACAGAACCUUCAGAACUCGGCAUUGAACAACGAGAACAAGCUCUACAAGGAGAAGCUUGCCAUUAGCGAGAGGCAAGGAGUAAGGACCCGCGAGCAGCUCACUAACAUGACUGCAAGAAAUGAGGAGCUGAGGAAGCAGAUUGAGGAGCAGCGGCGCCUCAACCUCUUGUCUCCAGACGCCAAGGACAGGGAAAUAGCGGGGAAGAGUGUCGAAAUCGAGUCUUUGAAAGUCCAGUUGGCUAAAGAGAUAAAAGCGAAAGAGGACGCUAUUGCGUCCAAGAAAUCUACUGAAGCCACUUUGGAAUACGUCAAAGAAGCACGUAGCACCGUGCAGAGUGAGGCUAUCAGCUUAAAUCAAAGGGUCGAGGAGCUUGAGAAGGACAACGAUAAGCUGCAACGCGAAGUGAAGGCACAGCCUCUCGUGCCAAACUUCCACGACCGUCAAAAGCAUCAAGCCGCUGAAAAAGAGGCCCGCUUGAAGGGUGAAAUCAUGAUCCUGACGAAGCUGCUCCGAGUUAACGACGAAAAAAUGAAGCAGCUGACCACGGAGAACGAGCGCGUGAAAUUGACGCGGGGCGUAGGCGGAGGCACACGGGCCGCGAGCGUAGGACCGCGCACGCCCCGCUCUGGAAGCAGAGCAGCUAGCCCGCUGCCGAACGGCAGGGACAGAGUUGCGAACCUGAGGAACGGAUAG